AUGUCAACCCCAGAGAAGCCUGGGUUCCUGUCGGUCGGGAUCAAUGCCCUCUCGCCGUGGGGUUCGCGCAGUGGCACCCCCAAGCCGCCAAGUACGCCAAAGACACCCAGGAAGGCGGAAGAAGAUAAGGACAAGGACAAAGAGAAGGAAAAGGCUGCUGCUGAUGGUGCGGGCACGCAACGCGGUGGGGACCAUAUGGUGAAUAAGCGGCACCGGCUCAGCCUCAAGAGAUACCCACAGGACUGUCCGCCGCUUGUCGUCAGAUGGUUCCAUGCUGUCGAUGUCCCAAAGCGCAAGCCUUUCGCCUCAAACGCCAUCGUGCCUGAGAAGCCCGUGCCACGGCCCAAGAAAUGGAUCCCAUUCUCCUCCGACGACUCGCGAUCGAUUGAAAAUGCUUUUCAGAAGGCUGCCGCCGAGGCUGAGGCCGUCGAGACCCGCCGAGGCAUACUCAGCCCGCCUGGAGAGGAGCACGCUGGUCUGAGCAAGGAGCCAGAGACGAGUACGAAAGUGCCCGUCAACGAGGACUAUCUCUUCGAUGUUGAGAUCGAAACGCGCGAGCUAUCUCCCGCGUACUGGCUCGGGCCCGUCUACGAUGUGAAGCGAGGCACAUGGUUCACACCUGAUGGCGAGCCUUGCGAUGAGCACCUGGCGACGCAGCUCGAGGAGGGCUAUAUCAAGGUCAGGCCUUGGAGGUUCUCUAAGCCAGCAGAAAAGCGAUCCGACUCGCAGCCACGCACACGCCCCACCUCGUUGACUAUGAAGGUCGAUGACGAUUACCGGAAGGAGCUUGGAAGACCGAACCACCGUGACUCUACAUCAAAUCCUGUGACGCCGAGAUCUUCCUUUGACAACCUGAGAGCCCAAUCCGGAACAGAGCCUUCCCAGUCUAACAUCCCAGCCAACGGUGCAGCACCGGCAGAUGAUGGUCCUAGAUCUUACCGGCUGUUUGGCUCCCGCAUGAACUCUGUAGUUACCUACCAAGAUGAUGUGACUGCAUACAUACUCACGGAUGACAUGUGGUCACGCAUGGGAAGCACCUUGUACCAGAGGUUCGCAGGCGCCGCACACUUCGCGGGUCAAAGAUACGUCCGCGGUUAUGAUGACCCGGCGAAGAAGAAAGAAGCGAAGCCGUUCAAGGAGGGGACGGCUAAGAAAGAGACGGAGCGCCCGGUCACUCCGUCCCUCGCGUAUGGAUCUGAUAACGACAGGCAGCGUACUGGAUCCGGAUCUGAAACCGCUUCGGAUAUGGAAAGCGACGGCGAGGAACGCGGGCGGGAGUCAUCCCCAUCGGAAACCCGAAGGAAGAACCUUGAACGGCAGAUAUCGUCACUCAUCAUAUCCACUCAGUCCGAUAAUACGGAGCGACAGGAAGAAGAAGUCCGAAAACGAGAAGAAAAGGAGAUGCGAGAGGAUUACAAAGAUCAGAACAAGGGGGAACAGGGUCGAGAAAUCGAACACUUGCUCCUUGUCACGCAUGGCAUCGGCCAGCGCUUGGGCAUGCGUAUGGAAAGUGUGAACUUCGUUCAUGACGUCAACUCGCUGCGCAAGUCUAUGAAAGCCGUGUAUUCAAAUUCGCCAGAUCUGCAAGCGUUGAACUCUGAUGUUGACAAGGAAACCAAAAAUAGUCGCAUUCAAGUUUUGCCAAUAUGUUGGCGUCAUCUACUCGAUUUUCCCCAGCAAAGUCUGAAGCAUAACCGAAAGGAGCAUGACCUUGGCGAUAUUGAAUUUGACGAUCACGAAUAUCCGAACUUGGAAGAUAUCACCGUCGAAGGUGUACCGGCGGUACGCAAUUUAUUGACUGAUCUGGCACUCGACAUUCUCCUUUAUCAAAGUCCCGCAUACAAGGGUCACAUUUCUCGGGUGGUCGUGAAGGAGUUGAACCGCAUCUACCGACUGUUCAAGGAGCGCAACCCGUCAUUCAAGGGCAAGAUUAGUCUCGUUGGUCACUCUCUUGGCUCCGCCAUCAUGUUCGACAUUCUCUGCCACCAGAAAGAUCCCAGGUCUAAGCCUUCUAUGUCAUCCAAAGCACGCCGUGCUACCGAAGAAGGAAUUAAGUUAGAUUUCGAGGUAGAGGACUUCUAUGCGCUCGGCUCACCUAUCGGAUUGUUCCAAAUGCUCAAGGGACGUACUAUUGCUGCGCGGCCAUCCGCUUCCUACGCCACUCCGGAAACACCAGCUAGUCCGCUUGAUGAUCCUUUCUCAGCUGAGUCUGAACGUAAUCUGGUCAACGACUUCAUCAUCUCUUCGCCUCUGUGCAAGCAGCUGUUCAAUAUCUUUCACCCUACAGAUCCUAUCAGCUACCGACUCGAACCUCUCAUUUCGCCUGCGAUGUCCUCCCUCAAGGCUCAGCCGUUGCCCUACACAAAGCGGGGCCUGUUUGGCGCGCCAGCUGCGCAAGGUUUGACUAAUAUUGGUCAAAGCUUAGGUCAAGGAGUGACAAAUUUCUGGACAUCAGUUAGUACAGGCAUAGCUAGCGGCUUGCUUAACCGCAGUCUUGGCAUCACAGGCACAGAUGCUUCGAGGAUGAGCAACGACCUCCAUGGCCAACGCACAUCGCGCCCAUUGUCUGUCGGCCCAAAUACUGGUACUCCAGGGAAUAUCGUACCUAAUAUCGACGAUCCAGCCCGAGUUCUCAUGUUGGAGGAGCGGAAGCGCAGACUGGGCGAGGAGCCCAUUGCUCCUGGUGAUGAUGGCGAGCAUCCUCCCACCCUGAUCGACUCGGAAAUUGAGACACUGUAUGCUGGGUUCCAGAAACGAAGGAAGAGCAGGGAGGACGAUACCAACGAGAGUGCGGAGAAGGACCUCGAGUGGCAGGAAUUGGAGGAACGGAGUAGGAAGCUCAGGAAGGAGGAGGGCAAGGUGCGGGCCUUAAAUACUAAUGGUAGGGUCGAUUAUAGCAUUCAGGAAGGCGCAUUUGAUAUUUCUUUGCUCGCUAGCAUUGCUAGCCAUCUCUCCUACUGGGCAGACGAAGAUGUUUCCCACUUUAUGAUAUCCCAACUCUUGGCUAGGCAUCGCGUCUUCACGACGGCCGAUAAAUAG